AUGUUCCGCCAUGACCGUGAUGACCGUGAUGACCACAGUCGAAAUACAACGCCGUUCUUCCCUACUUCCACGGCCAAAGCCACAGCCACAGCCCCAACGAUCAUGAUGGCCCCUAAAACAACUGCCCCGACAGUGUUCCCGCCCUCGAGUCCAUCUUCGGCCCUUUGGACCAAGACAUUAAACAUACCCCUUGCUCGCGUCCUCCAUGCCGUCGUCCACUUCGUUUGCUGCCCCGACUCCAACAAAUUUCAACUCGGGCAUCGAAAGCAGCGUCGUCGUCGCUGCCACUUCUCCCUCAAACAUCCUGACGCUCUCGAUCUCGUUCAGACCACCCUCCGCCUGAAUGGCGUUGAGUCAGCCACCCUGCGCGUCGAGUUCUUCCCCGACCAGUACCGCAUCUGGCUGAAGAUGACCGAGGGUCCCGUCCACCGUUCCCUCGCGCAUCUUUUCGUUACAGACACUCCAGGCACAGUUCAGAUCCAGGGAAAGAACAGUCGCGUGGGCGGGUACGAGUCGAACUGGGGCUGGACGGCUGACUGCCAGCAGCUUACUCCUCCCAUUAUUUGCGAAGACUUUGGCGACCAGAGCACUACGCGGAAGAGGCCUCUGCCUGCCAAGAGUUCCAGAGAAUCCAAACGCAACGACCGCCGCACGCCGAUCCGCAUCUCCUUCGCCAAUAUCCUUACUCAGCUGCGCGCUGUAGUGCAACUUGCCAUCAUUGAAUGGCACCGCGAGCUACCUGAGCCUCUGGGAGAGAAGCCCACAAAGCAGCAAUCUGCAUCCAAGCUUCGAAAUACUGAGCCUCAAAAACGUCCUGCACCGCAGGUAUCUCGUGGAUCACCCCGGCACGGACGUGCCCUGAAGAAGAAGAAGGUGCAACCGGUGGUUCAUACACCCGCUCCAUCCUGA